CGGCGGCGUGCCGGGCCCGGCUCCGCCUCCCUCCCUCCCGCGGCGUCCGGGCCUGGCCAGCGGCGGCAGCGCGGGGCUCUCUCGCCCUUCCUCUCUCGUUCUCCCUCGGGCGGGCGGCGCCUCUCGGUUCUCCCCGCACCUCGCACCUUCUCCCGGCCGUGACGGGCGGCGGCGGGCGGAGCGCUCCCCCGGCAGCCUCACGGCCCCGCUGCCCGCAGGCAGGCAGGACUUCGGGCGGCCAGCCGGUCGGGCGCCCCCCCGGCUGUUUCCGGAGGAAGGAGAAGAGCAUCUGCCCCCUCCCCCCUCUCCGCCUUCCUCCCCGUUCUCCUCCUCCUCCUCCUCCUCCUCUCCUCCUCCUCCCUCCCGGCCCCCCGAGCGGAGCGCGGAGUCACCGCGGCGCGUAGACGGGCCCGGCACUCGCACACACACAAUGGCGCUGAAACGCAUCAACAAGGAACUUAGUGACUUAGCCCGUGAUCCUCCAGCACAGUGUUCAGCAGGUCCCGUUGGAGAUGACAUGUUUCAUUGGCAAGCCACAAUUAUGGGACCUAACGACAGUCCAUAUCAGGGUGGUGUAUUCUUCUUGACAAUUCACUUUCCCACAGACUACCCAUUCAAACCACCUAAGGUUGCAUUUACAACAAGAAUCUAUCAUCCAAAUAUUAACAGUAAUGGCAGCAUUUGUCUUGAUAUUCUAAGAUCACAGUGGUCUCCUGCUUUAACUAUUUCUAAAGUUCUCUUAUCCAUUUGUUCACUGCUAUGUGAUCCAAAUCCAGAUGACCCACUAGUGCCAGAGAUUGCACGUAUCUAUAAAACAGACAGAGACAAGUACAACAGAAUAUCUCGGGAAUGGACUCAGAAGUAUGCCAUGUGAUGCUACCUUAAAGUCAGAAUAACCUGCAUUAUAGCUGGAAUAAACUUUAAAUUACUGUUCCUUUUUUGAUUUUCUUAUCCGGCUGCUCCCCUAUCAGACCUCAUCUUUUUUAUUUUUUUGUUUACCUCCUUCCAUUCAUGCACAUGCUCAUCUGAGAAGACUUUAGUUCUUCCAGCUUUGGACAAUAACUGCUUUUAGAAUCUGUAAAGUAGUUACACAAGAACAAUUGCCCAAGAUUCAGAAUUUUUUUUAAUGGAGCAUGUGUAUUAUGUGGCCAAUGUCUUCAUUCUAACUUGGUUAUGAGAUUAAAAACAAACAUUCCUCACUGCUCUAACAGAUACUGAAGAUACCACCUGAAGGGGAGGGGGAGAUGGGUGUUCAGUUUUCUCCCAUCAAAGAAGUAACAUUGCUGUAGCAACAUCCGUCUUGUUCCAAACUUUCCAGUGUUAGAGAACUGAGGUUUUAUUAUAUACUUUUGCUCAUAACUGAUGUGUCUGGAGAAUUGGUACUGAAUCUAUAGCAUCAGCAGAACAGAAAAUGUGAUGUAUCUUAUGCAUGUCAAUAAAGGAAUGACCAGUUCUUGUUUUACAGAGAAUGGAAAUUGGAAGUCAAACAUCCCUUGUAUUCCAAAAUAGGGUUUAAGAACAUUUUUGUAAUUCAUUUAAAUUUUGUUAGGAGGCUAGGAGCUAUUAGUUAAUCUGUCUUCCAAAACACUGUUUAAUAUAGCACUGAAUAAAUGAUGCAAGUUGUCAAUGGAUGAGUGAUCAACUAAUAGCUCUACUAGUAAUUGAUUUAUUUUCUUCAAUAAAGUUGCAUAAACCAAUGAGUUAGCUGCCUGGAUUAAUCAAUAUGGGAAACAAAAUCUUUUGUAAAAGCAAAGCUGGUUUUUGUAUAUACUGUUGGCAUUUGCCUCAUUGUUUAACAUCAAAUAAUGAUGUAAAGUUCAAUAGAGUGACUCUUCUGCCAUUUUCAGUUCUAAUGCUCAGUCUGUUGCAGGUUGGCACAUUGCUCGGCCUGGUGAAUGCAGAAUUAAUAAGCUAACAUAGUCGUGUAGCCGUAGUAGGGGGCUGCACUUGGUGCUGGGAGCCCAGCGUUCAAGAAUGGACUUGGGACCCAGCAGAUCUGAAGUGGUGUAUUGUGGAGAUACUUCCUGAUGCACCUGUGUUUGCUGACUGAGAACCUUUUUCUUCACCUUGUACACUUGACAACUGAAAGAUCUUAAUGUGGGGGUAAUGAUGAGGCAAAAAAAUUAUAAAAUAAAGUACUGUUUUGAUGUGGGAA